CAGUUGGCUACUGUUGGAGGGAAGGGGCUGCAUUUCACCUCACUCUCCAAUGACUCUGCUUUUACAUUCCAAAUUGUAAUCAAAUAACCCAAUAUCUGCUACACCGAAAACACCAAAACCGAGACAUGUUUCAAUCUCUUCGAUAUAGAUUUAGCAGCAGCGGCAGCAGAUCCUCCCUCAUCCGAAUAAUCACCGCCACCGCAUCAGUCUCUGCCACAAACCCCACGCACACUCACUCCUCAGUCCUCCCAAACCACCACCAGCAGCGCCACAAGUGGGAGGGCCCAAUUGGAGGAGGACGAGGGAGUGGAGGAGAGUACGACCACAUUAGGGCUGACGUCAAUUGUCCCCGAUGCUCCAAACAAAUGGCGGUGCUCUUCUCCACCCGACCACUCUCCAUUACCGGCCGAGAGACGGGGCUUUACCAGGCCCUCAAUCUUUGCCCCAAUUGCAAGACCGCCUUCUAUUUCAGGCCCUUGAAACUCGUCCCUCUGCAUGGCACUUUCAUCGAGAUUGGUAGGCUUAAGCCUAAGGAUGACACCCGCGCCAAUUCCUUUCAUGCAAAACCAGAGCCCUCCUGCGCUGUUGAUUCGUCUCCGGCAGCCACGGACUUGCCCACCCCGAAGGAAAUUUAUAAGGCGCUUGAUGACUUUGUUGUCGGCCAGGAAAGAGCCAAAAAGGUGCUUUCCGUUGCAGUUUACAACCACUACAAAAGGAUACAUCACGCUUCCCUGCAGACUAGGUCUGGUGCAGAAUCAGCUGAUUCUAAACUUCAAGGUGUACUUGAUAGUGAUUCUGUGGAACUGGAGAAGAGCAAUGUAUUAUUGAUGGGUCCCACUGGUUCAGGGAAGACGUUACUUGCAAAAACACUAGCUCGUGUUGUGAAUGUGCCGUUUGCCAUCGCUGAUGGUACAACAUUAACACAGGCAGGUUAUGUCGGAGAAGAUGUGGAAUCAAUAUUGUAUAGACUGCUUAUGGAAGCUGACUUUGAUGUGGAAGCAGCUCAGAAAGGGAUUGUCUACAUUGAUGAAGUUGAUAAGAUAACGAAGAAGGCCGAGAGCUUAAGCAGAGAUGUAUCUGGGGAGGGUGUUCAACAGGCAUUGCUGAAAAUGUUGGAAGGAACUGUAGUUAACAUUCCUGAUAAAGGAGCUCGGAAGCAUCCUCGUGGUGAUAGUAUUCAGAUGGAUACAAGAAAUAUCCUUUUCAUAUGUGGUGGGGCAUUUGUUGGUUUGGAGAAAGCCAUUUCAGAAAGGCUCCAAGAUUCUUCGAUUGGCUUCGGAGCACCAGUUCGUGCAAACAUGAGGACUAGUGAAUUGACUGAUGCCAUCUCGGCAUCAGCAUUGUUGGAAUCUGUGGAGACUGGUGAUCUUAUUGUGUAUGGCCUGAUACCUGAAUUUGUUGGACGCUUUCCGAUUUUAGUUAGUUUGUCAUCUUUAAAUGAGGACCAACUUGUUCAGGUCCUCACAGAACCUAAAAAUGCUCUUGGUAAACAGUACAAGAAGAUGUUUAACAUGAACAAUGUCAAAUUACAUUUUACUGAUAAUGCGUUGAGAUUGAUUGCGAAAAAGGCAAUGGCAAAGAACACUGGUGCUCGAGGUUUGAGAGCCAUAUUGGAAAACAUUCUUACGGACGCAAUGUUUGAGGUUCCAAACAUCAAGCCAGAAACCAAUAGGGUAUGUGCAGUUUUGGUUGAUGAAGAAGCUGUUGGGUCAGUGGACGCUUCAGGACUUGGAGCAAAAAUUCUUAGUGGGGAUGGUGCAUUGGAGCAAUUUCUUCAUGAAACGAAGUCAGGAGAGCACAUGGGAAAGGGUGGGGUGGAUGGGGGAGGUGAGUGUUUGCAACAUGUCUUAAAGCUUCAAUCAAGAGCCAUGGUGGUUGGGGCUUGUAGCUGUGCUAGCGGUUAAGUUGAGACAUUAUCCCUAUGGCAGCUUCAAUCUAGUUUUGUUUCGGGCUCCCUUGUAUAUAGAUGAGGAGAAAUUAUCCUUUGCUGAAAAACAAAAAAAGUCCAGAAGCCAUGAGUUUGUGAUAUCUUGGUUGUGUGGUGUACAUAUUUGAUAGUAAUGAUAGGCUAGAACAUAUUUUUAGGGACUGAUACUUAAAGUAUUGUUAUUUAAGUUCA